CCGGCUGACAACUUGAUGAUUUCGCCGCGGAGGUCCGUGGAGGAGCUGCGCGCGUAGCAUGGGCACCGGGGAUUACUUUUGCGUGACGCUGCGCGGCGGUGCGCCCUGGGGGUUCAGCCUGCGUGAGGGAGAGGGGGAUGCCCGCAGACCUCUACAGGUUUUCCAGGUGGAGGCCGGAGGACGGGCCUUCCUGGCAGGCGUGCAGGAUGGUGAUGAGGUGGUGUCACUCAAUGGAGAGCCUUGUGCUGAGCUCACCCUUACGCAAGCACUUGCCCUCAUCCAAAACUCCUCUGACUGCCUGCAGCUACUUGUCAAAAGAUACACCUCUGGACACUUUGAAUCAAAAGGGACGUACUGCAGGGAGAGUUCGUCUGCAGGAGAGGUUUUGACGAGCACCACCCUGCACAUCCCAGCCUCCAAACACAAGUCCCAGCGCUCCAGAGACCUCUACAUAUCUGAGACCCAGGACGAGGCCCAUUACGGCGAGGCGGGCACUGAGGCAGAGGUCACUGUCAGCUGCACCCGGCUACGAGCACCCCCGUCAUCUGGGAACCCCAGGGGACCUCGUGGGGAAGGAGAUGAGGGCACACGGCGGAGCUUCUCCCCCGGGGCCAUGGUGGAGCUCCAGGUGUCCCUCUCAGAGCAAACCCUUGAAGACACAAGCACCACGGCUUUGGGAAGCGCUCGCGGGAUAGAGGGGUUUUUCCCACCAGACAGAGAGGUCACUGAGACUCUCCACACCGCCACCCACUCGGUCUUCAUCCCCUGCUCCGUCAGACAGCCGCUCGGCCAGCAUGGUGUGGUUCUUAGCUCACCGUCCAUGCUGGGACAGGUGGAGGUCACUCUCCAGCACCCAUCCGGCGCUGGGAGGGGUAUUCUGACUUUGGGUGAGGGUGUGGCUGUGGCCGGGUCCCAAGGGGGAAAAGAGGAAGGAGGGGGAGGAGGGCACAGUAGUGAGGGACCUCCUGCCUCCUUCUCUGUCGCUUUUCAGACUCCCACAGAGGAGGCUGCACCCGCUGAGGAGUGGGACUCGGAUUCUGAGGGGUGUCAGGGCAAACCCAACAAGCACCACGCAAGGCACGCCAGGCUCAGACGCAGUGAGAGUCUGUCUGAGAAGCAGGUGAAGGAGGCCAAGUCCAAAUGUAAACGCAUUGCUCUCCUUCUCACUGCUGCGCCACCCAACCCCAACAACAAGGGGGUGUUGAUGUUCAAGAAACAUCGGCAGAGGGCCAAGAAAUACACACUUGUGAGCUACGGCACAGGAGAGAGCGAACCAGAAUACGAGGACGAAGAGGACGACGACGAAGAGGACAACAAACAAGACACACACACUAUUGAAUUUACUCUUGUGGCCCCGAGCGACUCAGAAUUCGACGAGCACUUCCUCACGAAUGCCCACGGUGCCAAAGGUGUGUUAACCAUCAGCAGGGACAAGGGUCUCCUUGAGAUUGAACGCAGUUUAAACAACCAGGCAGAGAUGGAGUGCUUGCCUGAGACCAAGGGCAAAGGUGCCGUAAUGUUUGCUCAGAGGCGCCUGAGAAUGGACGAGAUUUCUGCUGAGCAUGAGGAGCUCAGGCGCCAGGGCAUACCCGUGGAGGGGAUUCCAGAGGAAGAGAAGAAACCAGCAUACCAGCAGGUGGAGGAGCACUCAUACAUGCAGGCCGCGACAGAGGGCCGUGCCUACAUGGAUGUGAAUACACACCAACAAACUCAGCAACAGCAACAUUAUCAGCAGUACCAAGAGCAACAGUACUAUGAGCAACAGCAGCAUUAUCAACAGCAGCAACAGUACCAACAACAGUACGAGCAGCAACAGCACUAUCAGCAACAGCCAACGUAUCAGCAACAACAGGAGUAUCAUCACCAACAACAGCAAAUUCAGCAGUAUAACGCAAACAUGAAUGGCACUGUCAACCAUCAAACAAAUGAUGCCCAGGGUUCUUUCAGCAAUCGCACAGCCAAACCUUUCUCAGUACAGAACAUGGCACCAACCCCAUCUUCUCCUGUAACAAGUGGGACGAAUCAACAUGCCAUGGGCCAGGGAGAGCAGAUUGCCUCUCGUGAUGAGCGCAUAUCUACUCCUGCAAUAAGAACUGGUCUUUUGGAGGAAACAAAGAAAAGAAACUCCAGGAAGCCUAUGUUCACAUUCAAGGAGACUCCCAAAGUAUCACCCAACCCCGUGCUGCUCAACCUCCUCAAUAGGAAUGACAAGAAGUUGGGUUUUGAAUCUGGACCUGAGGAGGAUUACCUAAGUUUGGGGGCGGAGGCCUGCAAUUUCCUUCAAACUCCAACGGCUAAACACAAAACCCCUCCUCCAGUGGCACCAAAGCCUGUCGUCAGCCCCAACUCUACUCUGUGGUCCCAGCAGAUUGAAGUAACCAACCAGGAAAUGCCACAGCAUGCUGAAAAUAGUGCAGUUGCCCCUGCUGUGAUCCCAACCACAGAGCCUACCCUCGCACCAGAACUGGAGCCGACCCCUGCACCUGCUGCUGAGCCUUCUCCCCCUCCUGCCCCCCAAGAGGCCCCAGCCAACACUGAUCCCGCAGAGCAGCUCACAUGGAGUCUUCCACAGCCUCAGUCACAACAACAACAAGCCCACCAAGCGACAUCUUGGGAGGAAAACAAUAACACAAAUCCUCCCCUACAGCCGGAACCUGCCCCUGUGAGUUCCUGGGCUUCUGCACAACCACAAACACAAGAGCAGCCAUCUGUAACUUCCUGGGCUCCAGCUGAGGUGCAGCCUCAGGAGCCAGUUCCAAAUCAGUCCCCAGUACAACCUCCUUGGGUGACUCCUCAACUCACCCAGCCCCCAGCUCAGCCACAACCCCCCACAAAUGCCUGGGCUUCUCAUUCAGCCCAGCCACAACCCCAGCAAUCAUGGGGUCAGCCCCAAGAGCAAGUACACUCCCAGGCACAUGUUCAGCCCCCCUGGGCUCAGCAUCAAGAACAACUGCAGUCACAGCAGCAAGUUCAGCCACCUUGGGCUCAGUCACAAGAACCAGUCCAACAGCAGCAGCCCCCAUGGGUCAGACAGCCGCAAACAGAUUCUCAGUCUCAACCACUGUGGGUUCAACAGCCUCAGCAAAAGUCCCAACCCCUACCUCCUUGGGUUCAACCGACUCAGCCAGAAUCUCAGCCACAACCUCCGUGGGCUCAGCAACCACAGCAUCAGGCUCAACAGCAGGCCUGGCCUCCAGCUCAGGCUCAGGCUCAAGCUCAAGCUCAAGUUCAGGCUCAGGCUCAGGUUCAGCCUCAACCACCUUGGGUCUCAUCACCUCAGCCUCCUCAGCAGCAGCCACCAAUGAAUACAUGGCCUCCGACACAGGCCCAGGCGCAGCCUCCUUGGGCCCAAUCCACUCAAGACCAACCCCCAUCCCAGUCUCAAGCCCCUCUGAACCCCUGGGCUCCGGUACCCACCCAGCCCCAGCCAACAUGGGGCCAGCAGCCUACAGAACAUACUCAGCCUCCCAUGAAUUCAUGGGGGCCAAUGCAGAAUCAAACCCAUCCUCAACCACCUUGGGUUCAACCAGUCCCAGCCCAGUCUCCACCUCAGCCAAACUGGCACCAGCCUCCCCCUCCACAGCAACCGAUGCCACUGCAGCUGCCAAUGAAUGCAUGGUCUCCAGCUCAGACACAACCCCAGGGGCCUGUAAAUGCCUGGGCUCCACAAUCACAGCAAACACCUUUGAAUACCUCAGCUCCAAUGGUGAAUGCAAGAGUGGCUCAACCCUCCCCAAAAUCUUGGCAAACACCACAAAAUGCUCCACGUAACCGUACCCCUCCAACUCCCCCACAGCGAGUCAACUCCUAUACCAUUGGUCAAAGAUCGUCAUCCCCUAUCAACCCAAUGGCAACCAUCUUGAAUCCAUCUGGAUCCAGCUCAGCUUUUGAAAUGCCCACUGUCAAGGGAAAAGGAGCUGAUCUAUUUGCCAAGAGGCAGUCUCGUAUGGAGAAGUUUAUUGUGGACUCUGAAACUGUGCAAGCGAAUAAGGCAAGCCGGACUGCAUCACCUGCUGCUUCCUUACCAAAUGAGUGGAAAUAUUCUCCCAAUGCAUUUGGCAGAAGCUAUUCCCUUUCUCCACCCGCCAGAGCACAGUCUCUCAGCCAGCAAUCGACGUCUGCUUCUUCUUCUUCCCUAAAGCCUCCAGCUCGAGCCUCCACAGCUCCCCCGGAAAGGCGGACAUCCUGGCUGGCAAAGGGCUAUAAACCCCCGACGCCGUGGGAGGCCGCCUCCCGCCACCCCCUGGGUCUAGUGGACGAAGCCUUCGCCUUCCAGAACCUUCAGCAGGCCAUCGCAACCAAUGUCCACCAGGCGGCACAACGCAAACUUCUCCCAGAGCCGCUACCAGAGUGGAAAGCCAGGGUGUCCAACCAGCCCCACCAGAAAACUGGCAGCCAGACUUGGAGCCAAAGUCGUGGUUCAAGUCAGGCUCCUCUGCCAUCGUUUUCAUCCCCGACCAAGAGCGUCGCCUCUGCCCCUGCCAGUCCUGCUGGUUACAGAUCCCUGCCUAGACAGUGGCAGCCGCAGAGGUCCAUGACAGAUGCAAACCUCAGGUCCACUGAGUAUAACAGGCCUUUGGCAAAGCCAACUUUCAAGGCUGUGUGCACCAGCAACACCACUUGGACUUGGAAGCGAUAGGCUGCAUACUAAAGCCUGCGUGACCUUAAAUGAAAAUAAUCCCAUUGCCUAAAUAUCCAGUCUUAGAUUCAACUGCAAAUUAAGCUUUUUUUGUUAACCCAUUAAGAUCAUCUUUUGAUUUCUGAGCCCAAAUUAUGUUUCCAAACUAAAAUGGCUGUAUCUCUUGAAUACUUUUGAGUAUAUGCAUUAUCAGCCUCUUGAGAAAAGUGAAAUAGUCAUCAAUGAAUAUAUACACAAAAGGAGAACGAGAAAUAAAACACUAUUUUAAAGAAGGUAGGUUGACAUUAAAUAGGCACAGGUGGAUAUUCUAACAAAACAAAAAAAAGACUUUAAAGAAUGUUUGUUAACGGGAAAAAACCCUUAUUAUUCGCAGAACUUUCUACUCCCCUGUCUCCAACACAAAGUAACAGUACAGCUUAACUGAAAUUAUUUACUUUGCAUGCUAUCAACACGCAGCGCUGGACAUUUUCAAUUAUUCUGCCAGCAUAUCAGCCCUUAUAAUUUUGUUGUAAACCCUCUAAUUGCUAUCCAUAGAAAUUGGAUGAGUAGAACGGACAUUCCCAAUCAAAUCAACAUAGCAGGACGGUCACAGCGGCGGCCAUUUUUAUCUGAACCGCUGCCAUUACAAAGAACUGUGGUCACUGUAACCGCCUAACUUGCAGCAAGACGUAGACCUUUUUUUGUUUUUGGUAAAGCUAAAAUGCGAGAUUUAGGCAAUAAAUAAAUGUCCGUGACACUCAAGCCUUUGCCAAACUUGUUCACACAACGAUGACUAAGUCUGUCACCACCAGGUAAGGUAAAUCUCUCUGUAUUUUGCAGUAUAUCGGAGAUUUAAAUCGUGUCUGGGACGACAUCCCCACGCUGCAUUCCCGCGCUAGUGCACCGGAAGUGAUGCAUGUGAUAAAUUUUACGUCAACCAGCAACGAUCGCUUUAUCAGAACGGAACCUCCGUGUGACGAAAGCGUUCGCAUGCCUCUGAUUGGCUCCCUGCCGGAAAGCUUCCGUGCUUGGAUGCUAUGGCGGGAAAAAAAACCUAAGAAGCGUCCAAGAAAAGUUUCUGAUGCUCCAGAGCAAAAAGAAACUUGGCGUUCAGGGGACGGAUUGAAGUCAACAAAAGAAAGCGAUCGACGGCGAGGACAAACACGGAUAGCCAUUGGUGUAACUUUUCCUCGUUGGAAAGCGCUGAAAGAUGAGCUGUAAUAAUUACUUUCACUGCCAGAAGGGGGAGACAAAACUUCCGCACUGCAGGUUUAAAUCGCAGACUCGCUGAGGGAAGGUUGCGCGCCGAUAAAAUAGAAGGAGAAGAAGAAGAAGCAGAAGGGAGGUUGCGCAGUUACGGCCAAACAAGCUGUGGCGUAGUGUUAACGGGUGCUGUUGUGGGCCCCACUGACGUGUUCAGUCGCCAUUUUCAUUUGAACUACUCAGUUGACCACGGCAAACAGCUAAAUGUUCUACACUCAUUCAGUUUCUGUGUUCCUAACAUUUCCUUGCGACUGGUUGCAUUUUCAGUUUGGAAAGUUAAAUGAAAUUAUGUUUCACUUUGUCAGAGAAGGCGACGAGUAUGUUAUUAAGAGUAGAUAUUAGAGAAUAAUGUAAAGUUUGUCGAACAAAAGAAGAGAAAGAAGCGCAAGUAAACUUGAGACGAGUUGGAUGACUUGAUCGAGAUGUCGAGAGAAAAUAAUUGCUGACGUAUGUUGCGCGCGUAGUACAGUUCACCUCUCGCAAUAACCGCGCGUAAAAGGAAGGAUCCGGCCGUUUGAGACGCCCCGCCUCCAAAUGACCUUCUGCACAGGUAAGAGCCGUCAAAGAGGCCGUUUCUCCGGAUCCAGCUGUACGUUACAAUAGCAGUGCAUUGUGUUUCAGUUUGACAGUUUGUGGGUUUGAUUUUCAUCCGGGUAUGAUACUGUAACGUGCAUGGAUAAGUAGACACGUUGGUUCUUGACUAUCGAGUCGUACUCUUUAGUCGACUGGUUAACGUUGUCGCUUGCGGAGUGGGUGUUACGGGUUCGCGUCCCGGCUGUGGCGGUUCCCGGACUGCCCCCCGAAUUCGCUACAUCGGUGUCAGAAGUCUACUUAUCCAUGCACAUUACAAUACUUUCAUGUGGGAUUUGUAUUUAGCGUGCUGUUUUGUUUGUGGGGACUGCUACUUUUUUUGUUUUGUUUUGUUCUUUUUGGUCCGUAAAACUUGAGGCAGUAUGUAUGCUCCAGUGACAGAUUUGUGUUUUUCCAAGCAGAUCUUUUGAUCAUUCCGCUGUCCGUUUGCAACCGGUGAUGCUGCACGGGUUUAAAACAAGGCUUACAACUUGGAGAAAGGCUAAAUCUAUAACUAGGCACAUUGGGUCGGGAGGCGACAUUUUGUUACAUAAUUUCAAUUUAGAGAGAUUGAUUCAUUCUUUUGGUGUGUUUUUUAUUAUUAUUAUUUGGUACAUUAGCGUGUGGCAAAUAAUUGAUGAUAGAUUGAGAAAGGGAAGACAAAAAGCCACAAACAAGAUCCCCCUUUUUAUUUUCUGGCAAAUGAUUUUCGUUGGCUACCUGAAUAAAUGAUCCUGGUGUUAUGCAUAACUCAUGUGACACAAUGCAGCCUGCUGUGUACUGGCAUGAUGUGGAUUUUUUUUUAUUAGAUUUAAAAGAUACAAUUGAGUCAUGUUUGUUUGACCUCUCUUGCAAAUGAAAUGCGGAUCAAAAGGAGGUUGAUGAUUCCUGAUUCUAACUGAAAUGUUUGUUUUAUGCUGGCAUAGAUUAAGCAAAUUGCAUACAGUAUGUAAUGUGUUACGCUUUUUGUUUCUUGCGUUUUUUUGAGUAUUGGCAUGACGUAGACUGCCGAUUUGUAAUCAUCUCCAAAGAUUAAAGCAAAGUCAGCGUUUUCACCCCAUGUUAGUUGUGUCCCUAUGUGAUUCUUACCAAACUCAUAUGACAUUGUGUUGUGUUGUGUUGUGUUGUGUUGUGCUGCGUCCCAGUCUGCGCCUGCUCAUAACGCUGCGGGGCAAUAACUGACAUCCAGUAUAUCUCUGGUUGUUACCACACAUGCCAUCGAUGGGGCACAACGCAAACGAGCAGUCUUUGUUCAGAACUAAUGGGCGUUUUUUGAGUGAC